GCGGCCAAGAAAAAGAAAAGUCGAAAAAAGUCGAUAGGAUUAAAGCCAUUAUCCAAUAUGGUCAUUGUCUGGGUUCUUGCGGGUAGAUAUUAUGGUGACCCGGUCCGGAGGGCGGGGGCCCACCAGAUCCAUGACGCGGUCGUAUAUGUUGUUGAUGAAGGUUAUUUCCCUGGCUGGAUUGGUGAAGAGGAUGAGACGGCGCGUUGGAAGAUGACAUGGGGCCCCCAGCACGAGGUAUCCCUUGGGUAUGAGAGACUUGUUGAGGAGUCAUAUGUGGGCUGUGGCCAAAAGGAGAAUUGCUACGUUGACUUAACGAGAGGGAGGGCUGAUGCUGAUGGUGUUGGUGAUGUGGGUGUGGCUGAGGCUGAUGCGAGCGUUGAUGCUGGUGCUGGUGCUGAAGAUGCUGAUGUUGGUGCGCCUGCUGUUCUUGUUGCAUGA